UCGCGAGAGUUGGGUUCGUGCGCAGCCGGUCAGUCGCACAAGGUCAGCGGCACUUGCGCGAGCAGCGGUCUGUCAGACGAGCACUUUCUAGAAGCGGCGACAGAGCUCUCCCGGUUUCAGUCCGGUUCACCAGUAAAGAUAAGUGUGUCUCGGUUCAGACAUGGCCAGAGGAAGCCGCAGCCGUCCCUCAGCAGCCAGUCCAGCUCCAUCCCAUGCUCCAGCACCCGCUCAUCCGCCUCCCGCCGCCCUGGCCCCAGCUCCAACACAGUCCCAGGGGCCUGGCCUCAUGGCCCAGAUGGCUACCACAGCUGCCGGGGUGGCAGUAGGCUCAGCUGUGGGCCACGUUGUCGGCAGUGCCCUCACCGGAGCGUUCAGCGGGAGCAGCAGCAGCAGCAGUCCAGAGCCAGCCAAGCCUGCAUACCAGGAGCCCCCCCGGCCCGCCCCGGCCCAGCAAGGCCCCUGUCAAUUUGAGGUCAGACAGUUCCUAGACUGUGCCACCAACCAGUCUGACCUGAGUUUAUGUGAGGGCUUCAACGAGGCGCUCAAACAGUGCAAGUACUCCCACGGUGUGACAUCACUGGUGUGAAGGAUGGGUGUCAGCUAUCAUAUUUGUACAUGUUGUAGGCACAAAUCUGAAGCUGUACCUCAGGAAGUGAGCUUGUUGUUUGUCUUGUUGAUUGAUGACUGUGUAAUGUAUGAAAUGUUUUUGCUAAUGUACGGCAAUAAACCUUUAAUAAACAGCUGCUAUCUACUCCCACCA